AUGACUGGCGGCUAUACCUGUGCCCAGUGUCUCCAGGGGCUCCGGCGUGGAGUGCAAUCUGCAGGACCGCAGGUUCGCUUGCAACGCCUGGCGCAUUCACGACGGAGCGCCGUCGCUCCAUCCGUCAUUCGAAGCUUUGGCUCACAACGCAAUGGUCGAUCGCUGGGAGAAAGCAAACUUGAACUCGGUAAAGGCGUGACUGGGGAUUCAAGCUCUGUAUCUAAAUCUGUCCCCUCAUCACUCACGCAGAGAGCGGCCUCCACGUCAACCGGGCCCUCCGUGGAUACGCGAGCUCUAUUGAAACUCAACAACCUGUUUCACUCAUUUUCGAACUCGCCCUCGUCCGCCAUCCGGCAACGUGCUGCAUUUAUCAAGCAAAAUGCCUUCUGCCCUCACCCGAGCCACCAGCAGACCCGUGCCCCCGUCUCGCCGCAUGAUCCGGAAGCGAGGAAAACAACCGACGCCAGCUUGCCUCCGGCUCACUCGCACUUUGAAUGCCCCGACUGCGGUGUACCUAUCUACUGUUCUGAGGGUCAUUGGAUGGACGAUUUUGAGGCGCAUCUCGAGAUUUGCGAUACCAUUCGCCAGAUCAAUGAGGAUGACCACGACUUGCAUUCCGGGCGCUUUUUCCCCGAAUUCUCCUACCCCGGCGUUCAAGAUGACAACUUCGUAAUCAACAUGACCAACUGGGAUACCUACCUCUACACACGCGAAUUUGAAGCCAUCAACCAUGACCGCCCCAUGCGCCAGGUGACUCGCAUGCUCACCUACCCGCAGACCAUUGCGAGUGUCUUACAUGAGCUGAGCCCUUAUAACGUUCGUGCCAGUGGACGAUUGACUUCUGAAGGACUGAAGAGUCUGAGCGUUACUGAUCAACCCUGUUUGGAGGAUCUAGCUCUUCGAUACUCUCUGCACCCUCCGAAAACUGGCGAGAGCACCGACAUCAAGGGUCUCCGUCUUAAGGCGCCCCCGGUCCGGAUCUUCAUCCUCGGCGCUCGUGCCGAAUCGUCGCUGCCCCGUGAAGUUUGGAUGCAGCUCUCCUACAUGUUCCCGCGCGCCUUGCUGCAUCUCGUUUUCAUUGGACCGGAGAGCAUGGCAAACCGUGAUGCCGAGUUCCCACUCCCCGACCGGGUGCCCGAAAACCCGUUUGGCGGGAUCGUCGAGGAUCGAUUGGGUGGUCAGAUGAAGAUUACCACCUACGUAGACUAUUUCCACACCAUGUACCAGGCACAAUACUUCCAGCCGUUUGACCCGUACCUGGACUGCUUCAUGCUUUUCCACCCAGGUCUGGGUCACCCGGCUAGCUCACAUGAGUGGGAGCAAACUCUCCCACAGCUCUUGGAGACCAAGAUUCCCAUUCUCUGCACCGGCUAUACGCAGUGGGAUAUGGAGCGCGACAUCAACUGGGUCCGUGAGAAGUGCGGUGGCGAGUUCGACGUCCUUCUGGAGCCUGGUGAAAACAUUUUCCGCAGUUUGCGCUGGGAUUUGAACGAUCUCGAUCCGCAUGACGUCUCGUGCGGGAAUUGGGGUUUAUGGGCUUUCCGAGGAAAGAGGUACGAGGCUACGUUCCAGGAAAACUAA